AUGACAACAAGUACAACCUCCACUCCAGACAUUUAUAUACAGAUUUCCCGCUGUUUACACUUACAGAACUAUCCAAAAGCUGACGAUAUUAUCACAGAUUUACUAGACAAUGGACUCCAGGCAUUAAAAAAGUAUGCUGCUGAAUUACCUCUAGAUUAUCUAUCCAAUCAAGAAUUGUUAACCUUACUCCAGAACAAUGUUGUUCAAACUUGGGAGACAAUACUGCCGAGACAGUCAGCACUCAAAAUGUUCUAUGAUUGUGUGAAGGAUAAACAUUCGAAUCUGUUCAGUAAAAUAGUCGAACAAGUAGUAGACAAUGGCAAUAAACAUAAAGAUUCUGCAUCACAAAUCCUAUUUUUAGUGCUUCAACUGUCAUUUCCGUGCAUUGUACACAUGACGGACAUUCUAGAUACCUUGUGGAAUUCGAUCACCACUAAAGGGAUUAACGGCCUACAAGACUGUGAAAAAUACAUAGCACCAAUAGAGCUGGAAGCACAUUUAAAUUGUGAACAAGACGAAACACCAUUAGUUUUAGCGUUAAAAGGAUACUUCAAGUCGAAAGCCGCGGAAUUAUUUGAGAAAAAUCGUAUAAUAAACAGGGAUAAUUUAUGUGAUGCAGCAGUAAAUGCGUUCACGAUAGAUGGCUGGAUAUCAGGGAUGGAAGCCGUUCGAUCGCAAUUACCACCGUUUCUCUACGAGCAAGUUCUUCAGUCGAUUUCACACGAAAUUUCUGUUCGUUCUUCAUCAAGCAAUCCUCCUAAGCCAGAUGGAUCCUCGUCAGAUGUACCUCCAACUGCACAAAUAAUAUCACAACAGAUUACCGACUACUUACAUUUGCAUGAUGGUAGAGACAAAGAUCGAGUUCUCUCUGCAAUAAUCAAAGGUGGCCGGCAGGUGUUUUGCCGGUAUGGGUUAUGGAUCGAACCUGAUGUACUCAACACUGAAAAAAAUUGGACAAAAGGUGAAAAACCUGAAUCACGUUUAUUACUAUUACUGAAAGAAUACUACUUUAUACAAUUACAAAUGUUACUCGAACAGAGUGCACCGAACCUUUUUCGUUUGAUCAAGGAACAAAAAGAUUCUCAAAAUUGUGAUCAUUUUUCUGUUGUCCAGACAAGAUUUGCUGAAUACGGUACGAAUUACAUUAAUUCGUCAUUCGUAUUGUCGUUCGUCCUGCAACUCUUAUUCGAAGGUAUCACCGACGAAGAUGUAAUAAAUGGAAACAUCUUCGCACGUUUAUUCAAGUCCGUAACAGAGAACGGCAUCCAUGGAGCAGAAGAAGAAGCUUAUAAGAAUUAUAUCGCCCCUGUGGAUUUGAAGGAGCAGAUAGACGACGAACAAUCGAUGUUAACUCUAGCCCUACAAAUGUAUUUUUAUGAAGAAAUACAGCAUCUAUUCCAUCAAAACAAUAUUUUUGAUAAAAAUCAACGCUGUAAGCACCUAGCCGAUAACGUCACGAAAAACGGUUGGCUCAAAGGAAUUGAAUGGAUCAUCGAUAAAAUACCCCAAGCUCAAUAUAAAAUUCUACGUCAAGAUAUCUCUCAGAGACUACAGCCGUUGUCGAUAACUGAGCCGCCGGCAAUCAUCGUACACCCAGUCAGCAAACCAGUUGCUGAUCAUUCCAAUGUCCAGCUUCCACCAACUACUGUCGUGCAAAGGCCUCAACUUGUAGUGGAUUGCGAACUGAAUGAAACGUUCAAUGAUAUGCAACGCACAUUGGAGCAAGUGGCUUUCGACACAAAUAAAAAUAGCAGUAGUCAAGGUGUAUGGUCGAGUGAUGAAUUCGAUUAUCAGUUCGCGAUUCAAUGGUCUACGCAAAUGGAAAAGUUUGACUCUACAAAACUUUUCAGUGACUCCAUCGAAUAUGUCCAUGCAGAAUACUACAAUCAAAACGAAUAUGAAAGAGAAAAACUUCCAGUUGAAGCGAUUUCAAACUUUGUGGAGCUAGACAGAAAAACUUUAGUACAAGAAUGGAAUACUACCAUGCGUUCAGAUGUCGUUGCGCUUGGUGAUAAAUGUGUAAUCCAAACACAAGAAAAUCCUCGGCUGAGUUCAUUGAUUCCGAUGGAAAAUUUCGAAUAUAUUGAUAAAAAUCGUCUCGCUAAAAGUUCUUCAGAGCGCGGACCACUUAGUAGUACGUCAAAUUCUCUCCCGACAACAGACCAUCAAAACAGUAUCAAAAUGACCAUACUAACACAACUGAAAGAAGAUAUUUUUUGCUGGUCAAAUAUUCUUCAAAUGAGUAAAUUUUGCAACAGAAUAUUUCAACAUGUCGACAAAACAAUAAAUAAUCGAGAUCCUGCGCGCAAAAUUUCACAUGAAAUGGUGCGAAGAAUCUCAGCAGACAUCAAGUCAAUCGAAACCAUUGUGAAUGAUGAAUUGGCCUUUUUUGGUCUAAAACUAUCGAAAGAGUUACUUGUGUACAUUCAUACCAAGACCUGCCUAUUGCUUACUGUUCUCUACUAUCAACAACGAAAGCAAGACCUGUCUCAGCAACAUGUUGACUUAAAUCGUAAUCAACAAGCAUUUUAUCGGUAUUUUCAUGAACUACUAACUUAUGUUCGAAAGCCGUUAAGUGAAAUUACAUAA